AUUUGCUGUUCUAGAAAGUGCAGAGACACGUAGUGAAAAUGGGAGGAUCUAGAAGGAGGCCGUCUCCCGUGUAGUGUAUAUUUAUCUGUAAGUGAGCCGUUGGGGAAGGAAUUAAAUACUGAGGCGCUGUCUGCUUGCUGUCUUAAGACAGCGAAGCUGAAUUGCUGAUUUGCUUUAACUUUUAAAAUACCCAGCUUGGUUUAUUUUUCUUAGAAUUGUAUUGCUAAGACUGGGGACGCUGUUUUCUUUCACAAAGGGAAAUCUAAGUUCAUUUCAAGGCACUCGAAAUGGGGAAAGACUAUUAUUGCAUUUUGGGAAUUGAAAAAGGAGCUUCAGAUGAAGAUAUUAAAAAGGCUUACCGAAAACAAGCCCUCAGAUUUCAUCCGGACAAGAACAAAUCUCCUCAGGCAGAGGAAAAAUUUAAAGAGGUCGCAGAAGCUUAUGAAGUAUUGAGUGAUCCUAAAAAGAGAGAAAUAUAUGAUCAGUUUGGGGAGGAAGGGUUGAAAGGAGGAGCAGGAGGUACUGAUGGACAAGGAGGUACCUUCCGGUACACCUUUCAUGGUGAUCCUCAUGCCACAUUUGCAGCAUUUUUUGGAGGUUCCAACCCCUUUGAAAUUUUCUUUGGAAGACGGAUGGGUGGUGGUAGAGAUUCUGAUGAAAUGGAAGUAGAUGGAGAUCCUUUUGGCGCCUUUGGAUUCAGCAUGAAUGGAUAUCCAAGAGACAGGAAUUCUGUGGGGCCAUCCCGCCUCAAACAAGAUCCUCCAGUUAUUCAUGAACUUAGAGUAUCACUUGAAGAAAUAUAUAGUGGUUGUACCAAACGAAUGAAGAUUUCUCGGAAGAGGUUAAACCCUGAUGGGAGGAGUUACAGAACUGAGGACAAAAUUCUCACCAUCGAGAUUAAAAAAGGGUGGAAAGAAGGCACCAAAAUUACUUUUCCAAGGGAAGGAGAUGAAACACCAACUAGUAUUCCAGCAGACAUUGUUUUUGUCAUUAAAGAUAAAGAUCACCCCAAAUUCAAAAGGGAUGGGUCAAAUAUAAUUUAUACUGCUAAAAUUAGUUUACGAGAGGCAUUGUGCGGCUGCUCAAUUAAUGUGCCAACCAUGGAUGGAAGAACCAUACCUAUGACAAUAAAUGAUAUUGUGAAACCUGGAAUGAGGCGAAGAAUUAUUGGAUAUGGGCUACCAUUCCCGAAAAAUCCUGACCAACGUGGUGACCUUCUAAUAGAAUUUGAGGUUUCCUUCCCGGAUACUAUAUCCUCAUCGUCCAAAGAAGUACUUAGGAAACAUCUUCCUGCCUCAUAGAAUGAAAAACUUUGUUAACCAUAUUUUGAUAAGGCACUGAAAAUAUAAAAGGACUGGCCAUUUACUGAUGUAGAUGUGAAUUCUGUAUAAAGACAUGUAAAUUAUUUUGAGGGUUCAUUACAUUGCAUGAAUAGAGACGGGUCAAAUAAAAAGGCAAAAGGGAUUUUUGCAGUUAGAGAUAAAGAGAAAACCAUUCACUGUAUUUUAUUUCAUUUCUCCCAAGUCAGAAUUUUUUAGUAUUUUGCGUACAUGUAAAAUUCAUUUCUGUGGAGUUAAUAGAUGUAUUUCUAAUAAAGUACCAGGCUAUCCAAGUACUUUAUUUCUUAUAUAUUUACACUGUAAGUGUGGUAGCUUCUCGUUUAUAAUGGAAAUUUAAAUUCUUAACUAUACAUGUGAUAGGUACUUCUAGUAAAGAAGAACCCAAGUUACUUGGAAAUCUGGUUAACUAGAUUAAAAUCAUAUGAAAUGCUGCUAUAGGGCUGGUACCCAUAAAAGAGUAUCCUAAUACAUAUAUUUCACCAUUUUGAUUUUUAAAGUGUGCUGUAGCAUUUCUUAAUAACAUAGUUAUAAUGUUCUUAAGACAGACCUUUUCUUCAUAAAAAGGAAAUUAAUGGCAAUUUAUCUCCUGUGGAAAUCCCAAUUGCCUGAAUUACUGAUAUUUUAGAAAUAGGUUGUUUUUAAAAUGCCACAUAUAAUUUUAUGCAAAUUAACUAUAUAUCUUGGACUUAAUAAAUUAUAGGUACAUUUUAUUGUCCAUUAGUUAAGGAUAAUUUGUUUGAUAAUAAACGUGUUUUUAGAGGAAAUAUUGUUACUUGGAAUUAAUUUUCCAAUUACACAGUCUUCUAUAACUUACUCAUAAUAUGCUAUAUGUACCAUAUGCAAUUUCCCUAAAAAGAAUAAACUACCACUAUGGUGUUAAACCAAAAUAUGGGGAAAAUAAACACUAACUGCUGCUUAUGAAUGAUGUUGCUACUACUUGCUAUGCAUAUAAAUAUUUUACUUUUUCAUAUGUAUAGAUUGCAUUUCUUAGGUGUUUUAAUUUUUUAAAUAUAUUUACAUUUAAAAAAUUCUGUUUUCUGUUUUAUAGCUAUAGUAAGAAUGAUAUUUUGAAACAAAGAUUUUGGUUCAAAAGAAAUUUUCAGGAUAAUUGGUAUACAAGGUUUAUUGGACCCUAUCACCUUUUAGCAGAAUAUGGUCUUUUAUAAAUUCAAAACAUAGGUUUUAAUCACCAUAUACUUUACAGCUUUAUUGAGAUAUAAUUCUCAUGCUAAAAAGUUUACCAUUUUAAAGUACACAAUCCAGUUGUUUUUGUAUAUUCACCUUAUAUAGCCACUUUAUAAUUUCAGAACAUUUACAUCACCCUAAAAAGAAACCACAUAACCAUUAGCACUCACUUCCCAUUCCUCUAGCCCCUGGCAAACACUAAUCUACUUUCUGCUUCUAUGGAUUCAUCUAUUCUGGACAUUUCUUAUAAGUGGGAUUAAACAAUACUUGGCUUUUUUGUUUGUUUCUUUCACUUAGCAUAAUGUUUUCAAGAUACACCCAUGUUGUAUCAUUCAGUACUUCGUUCCUUGUUUUAUGGCUGGAUAAUAUUCUGUUGUUUGGAUAUACUACAUUCUGUUUAUCCAUUCAUUAAUUGAUGGGCAUUUAGGUUAUUUCCACUUUUUGGGCUAUAAUGAAUAAUACAACUCUGAACAUUUUUGUA